AUGCCCUUUGCAAGCCCGGAAGACCUUAAAUGGUGCGACAAGAAAACGAUUCGGAAAGAGGGCGAGAUUCCACGGCCAGGGUUUGCAAAUGCCGCUUUGCUCGCAACAUGGGUUGUCGGUGACCAAGUUUUCAUUGGUAUCAUCGGCGGUGAAGCUAAGAGCCCUCGGUUUUCUAUGGCACAUGCAACAAAACUUGUGCCAUUUCGAGUCAACUCCAUCCACAUGAUAAGCAUCGGUUUUAUCACCGUUCUAGUGCCGUCAAAUGAUCCACAAUUGCUAGGUGGAUCAGGGAUCGCAGCCUCACCGUUCGUCAUUGCGAUUCAAGAUUCUGGCAUUCCGGGCAUAGUUUCUCUUCUCAAUCCCGGUAUGAUGUGUGGCGUUCUCGCCAUCGCUGCUGAAAGCGUUUACAUUUCUUCGAGAGUCCUCAGGACUCUGGCACACAGGAAAUUGAUUCCUGAACUUCUCGCACGAGUGGAUUCCCAGGGCCGACCGAGAUGGGGCUAUAUUAAUCACCUGCGUCACGCCAGUGCUCCUAGGUUACAUUCAUCGAUCUCCAUCACCAGUGCCUCAUACUUCAUUAUUGCCUUUACUAAUAGGCGCUUUCAUUGCGCUCUCGAGGCACAGAACGAUGCCCUUUUCAAAGAGCUAUAUGCGUGGAAGUCGUCUUUGUGGCCUCUGGCACCGGGCUGGCUCAUAACGAUCUCACCCCUUCUCCUUGGCUGCUGCAUUGCCGCUGGCAUCGAUCUAAGUGGUGCCGGGUUCACACCUUCUAACUUUUUCGAAUACAUCAUCGGAGUCUACUGCAUGACUGGUCGAAGAACUCUGGCCAUCGAAGAGAUCAACCAGCUCGAUGAGUACUACAAGUUGAGCAAAUGGAGGAGAUUCUUAACCUACGUACAGUUAUGGCUGCUGUCUACGGCUGGGACCUACAAAACCCCAAUGCCUUUCAACGAGCCAAAUCUACAUUAUACACCGUCAUCCCUGGAGCGAGAGAAGUUGAUCGCGGCGGUCCAGGAUUUGCGGCAGAAACUUCCACUUCGGGUACCAUCAAUAAAAAAUGGACAGGAAGAAGCACAGCAACCCAGCCCGUCUGAUUCGGAGAUGUAUAUGCCCUCCGAGAUCUCGUCAAUCUUCGCCAAGUAUACCCCAGCAACAGCAGCGGAAGUGUCAGCUGCAAUCGAGGCGGUGUUAAUGGCGAAGAAGGCAUGGCAAGACAUGCCCUUCGUAGACCGAGCUGCGGUCUUUCUCAGAGCAGCGGAACUGGUUUCUGAAAAGUAUACAUUCGAAUUGAUGGCAGCAACAAUGCUUAGACAAGGGAAAAACGCCUGGCAGGCCGAAAUUGAUGCUGCCGCAGAGCUGGCUGACUUCUUCCGAUGCAAUGUCUCGUUCGCUGAGGAGAUCUAUUCCAGGCAACCUAAGCUGAAUGAGCGCGGGCAAGCAGGCUUUGUCUACGCCAUCUCACCUUUCAACUUCACAGCCAUCGGCGGAAACCUCGUAUCAGGUCCUUCUCUCCUGGGGAUCGUCGUCCUGUGGAAACCAUCCCCUUCCAACAUAUAUGCUAACUUCCUGGUCUAUAAAAUCCUUCGGGAGGCAGGCCUCCCGCCAAACGUUGUCCCAUUCAUUGGUGGCGAUGCCGAAACGAUCACUAGAGUGGCUCUUGCGCAUUCAGAACUCUCAGCUAUCAAUUUCACCGGGUCAUCAGACGUGUUCCGGAGUCUGUAUGGCAAAAUAGCAGACGGCGUGAAGGAAAGAAAAUAUCGUGACUUUCCACGACUAGUUGCGGAGACAUCGGGAAAGAAUUUCCAUUUGAUUCAUCCUUCGGCCGAUAUCAGCAAUGAUGUCAAACAUACUAUCCGUGCCUCAUUUGAGUACGCAGGCCAAAAGUGCUCAGCUUGCUCGCGAAUCUAUAUUCCGGAAAAUCGUGCUCAGCAGUUCUUCUCCGAGAUGAGACGAGCUGAAACAGGUCAAACCUUUAAUAAAGUUACUAGAGUAAUUGAUGCUGCCAACACAGACAGUCGGCUGGAGCUUGUCGCCGGGGGCAGAUAUGACGGGAGCAAGGGAUUUUUCAUUGAACCCACCGUUUACUCUGCAAAGACGUUGGAUCAUCCUCUCUUCGACCAAGAGCUCUUUGGCCCCAUCCUGGUUGCCUAUGUCUAUCGCGACGCGGACUUUGACUCACUCUUGGCCAAGAUUGACCAACAAGGAGGCGGGUUUGCGCUGACUGGAUCCAUCUUCGCAACAGAUCCAGUGGCGAUCCGGUCGGCCGAGGACAGACUUCGUUAUGCUGCUGGGAACUUCUACAUCAAUUGUAAGACAACCGGAGCUGUCAUUGGCCAACAGUCUUUCGGAGGAGCAAGAUGCAGCAGCACCAAUGACAAGGCUGGAAGUGCAAACAUGUUGAUGCGCUUCACGGCUCCACGGACCCUGAAGGAGGAGUACCAUAGCCUAGACAGUGUGCUCUACCCAAGCAACUGCUGA